AUGUGUUCUACAAUAAGAGCAGUGAAAUAUCUUUACAAGUACAUUUAUAAAGGUCAUGAUCAUGUCGCUUUCAACUUGGUUUCUGAAACAAACAAUCAACAAGUUGAUGAAAUCCAACAAUUUCAGUCAGCCCGAUGGAUUGCUCCCCCAGAAGCAAUGUGGAGAAUAUAUGGAUUUAUUAUCAAUGAGAUGUCCCCAGCAGUGUAUAAUUUGCCUUUACAUCUGGAGGAUCAACACUCAGUCACUUUCCGAGCAAACGACGAUCUAAUUAACAUCCUCAAUUUAGACUGCUCUAGAAAAACUAUGCUAACACAAUUCUUUGCAUUAAAUCGAGUAGAUGAAAAUGAAAAGAAAUUAUUGUACAAACAAAUUCCGGAAUAUUAUAUAUUACUAAACCAUGUAAGGGAAUCGCUGUCCUUUGAAGAUCUUAGAAAAGUCGAGGGCAUUUUGGCCCCCGCAUUUCGUGAGGCAGCAACAAUGCAUGGUUUGUUACAAAGAAACAAUAGCUUAGAAGACUGUUUGCAUGAGGCAUCUUUAUAUCAAAUGCCAUCCAGUUUGAGGCGGCUAGAAAUCGAUGAUGAGUUGGGUGUUGAAAUUCCAGAAGACGAUAUUACAACUUCAAGAACACUUAAUAGCGAGCAACAACAAGUGUAUAAUGUAGUGUUGGAAAAAGUUUUAUCAAACCAAAAUGCUGCAUUCUUUGUAGAUGGCCUAGGUGGGAUAGGGAAAACAUUCCUAUACAGGGCACUUCUGGCAACAGUACGAUCAAGAAACUUGGUAGCACUUGCAAGUGCUUCAUCAGGUGUGGUUGCAUCUAUACUUCCAGGAGGUCGAACAGCUCACUCACGCUUUAAGCUUCCACUUGAUACUGACGAAAAAACCACAUGUUAUGUGAGCAAACAAAGUGCACUUGCAAACCUUCUUCGUGCAGCAAAAUUAAUAAUAUGGGAUGAGGCACCGAUGGCAAGAAAACAACACAUAGAGGCAUUAGACAAAAUACUAUGA